AAAAGAUUUCGUACUUAUCUUAUCACGGAAACGCAGAUUGUUGAGACUUAUCGACAAAGUAUAUUUAACAUAUUUGAUUGAUAAACAAACAACAUUGACGACGUCACACUGUCAACGCGUACGCAGAAUUUGUCGCAAAAGUCAUGUCCAGUAUGCCCAUCACGGCAGCCCUCAAGAAAUUGGAACUAAGUAAGGAGCGUACAAGUGAAUGGCUGGCUGCGCAGUCCGCUGCUGUGCUAGAGGAUGAGCUUGAGUCAUUAGCGGAGUCAUCGGUGGUGGACAGUCUGGACGAAUACGAUUACACAGAUCGUGAAGAGACAGACCAAGACAAUGAUGAUGAUGAUGAAGACGAGGAAAUUCACACGAUUGCUUUGGGCACACAAACGAAUGGACAGAAAGUUUCUAUCAUCGGCGAUACCCUGCGCGAUCUAAUGAACUCAAUCAACAGCGUUCAAACGGUGGGUAAUGUGAACAUAAGCAACUCCACCAAUGUCCACAUAGGCAAUGUGACCAACAUCAAUGGGAAUAUACAGAUCAUUGCUGAAAGUCCGGCACGACAGCGCAAAGAACGACGCAAAGCGACGCAAGCCAAGUCCCAAAGUGAUCAUGAACAAGGCUCACGCCCCCGUAGCCCUGCGCUGGACGACGACUGCGGGGAGGAGCGUGUGAGACCCGAUGCAUUCAUUUCCAGCCAGAAAUUUAAAUUGCCCAAAGAACUCUGUGCAAUCGUGCCCCGUCAUUCUUGGCUGGCACAGAAGCCCGUUGAGGAUCCACAGCCGUUGCAGCGACCCGUCAAAUAUGUAGUCAUAUUACACACUGCCACGGAGAGCUCAGAGAAACGCGCCAUUAACGUGCGCUUAAUACGCGACAUACAGUGCUUUCACAUAGAGUCACGUGGAUGGAAUGAUAUCGCCUAUAACUUUCUUAUCGGCUGCGACGGCAAUAUUUACGAGGGUCGUGGAUGGCAAACUGUUGGUGCUCACACCAUGGGUUACAACAAAAUUGCAAUUGGUGUCAGUUUCAUCGGCUGUUUCAUGCGUGAAUUGCCUUCAGCGGCUGCGCUGCUAAUGUGCAAAAAUCUGUUGGCACGUGGUGUCCAGGAGGGUCAUAUUGCAGCCGACUAUAGACUCAUUUGUCAUUGCCAAUGCAACUCGACGGAGAGUCCGGGCCGUCGCUUGUACGAAGAGAUCCAAAGCUGGGACCAUUUUUACAAUAUUGAACGUGAGGAUCAGCAAUAGUUUAUAGGAUUCACCAAAUUCCUAUGCAUUUAAUGCAAAUGGGCUUAUUUAAUAACUUAAUACCUUCAUUGGUGAUGUUUUCGGACAAAUAACUGAAUUGGCUUUCCUAAUUACCUUUGUUUUUAAACGUUUAUGUUUAUCUAUGUCGUUCUAUACUAAUUAUUAAUAAAUAAAAAAUGUUUUUUACGGAUUUUUCACAUUUAA